AAGGCGCUCGCAGCUGCGAUUCGAACAUUCGAAGAAGAUCCCUUAGUCUCCGAAAUGAACGCAAAGGUGGUGAUGGUUCUGCUCUUGGGCGCCGCAUCGUUCCCCGCCUGCUCCUCCCAAGGACGCGUGCCGCCCCCCGCCGCCCCCGGCUACUACCCGCCGCCGCCCCCGGCGUCGAGCUACAGCGCGGAGCAUGACGCCGCCUCCACGGCAGCCAAGAGGUCCCUCGGGGGUGGCGGAACGGCGGCGGGGUCAAGCGGCUACCCUCCGGGCGCCGCCCCCGGCUACUAUCCGCCGCCGCCCCCGGCGUCGAGCUACAGCGCGGAACAGGCCGCCGCCUCCACGGCGGCCAAGAGGUCCCUCGGGGGUGGCGGAACGGCGGCGGGGUCAAGCGGCUACCCUCCGGGCGCCGCCCCCGGCUACUAUCCGCCGCCGCCCCCGGCGUCGAGCUACAGCGCGGAACAGGCCGCCGCCUCCACGGCGGCCAAGAGGUCCCUCGGGGGUGGCGGAACGGCGGCGGGGUCAAGCGGCUACCCUCCGGGCGCCGCCCCCGACUACCACUUCCCGCCGCACGGUCCCGCCUGCUCGGGCGCCGCGCCGCCCCCAGACGCCGCCGACCACGGCUACUCCUACUACGCUCCCUACGACGCCAGUGGCCCCUACUACACACCGCCGUCUCAUUCGUCCUCAGGCUACUACGAGCUGGACUCGCGGCAGGCCUCCGUCUGCUCGGGGGCGGCCGGGGGCGGCUAUGGCGUCGCGACGUCCACUAGCGCCGCCGCUUCGACGACUCACCCGGGCUUCCACCCCUACUACCCCUACUACCCCUACUACCCUUAUCACUCGUACAAUCCCUACUCGCACUUCCCCUACUACCCACCUUGCUACCACUCCAGGAGGUUCUCGAUGUGAGUGGCCCGUCAGAGCUACGCUACCCCUACUACCUAUUAACCCUACAAGCCCUACUCUCAUUUCCCCUGACAAUGAUACUUCCUUACCUACUGAGGUUCGCUUUGUAAAUGAUGACAUUUCACCUGCACUCUUUUAUCACACUCACUCGCCGUCUUGCAUCAACAAAAGGUUUCUCUAAAUAUGAUCUAGCUAAACCUCACUUCCUCUAUUGCGUCUUAUUUUACCCCAUACUACUCCAAGAACCAGUAAGGUAUCGCUGUUGUAAAUUUCCCCCGAAAAUAUCGUAAUUUAUAAUUUAUUUAUUCUUAUUUAUUGUAUUUAUAUUCUUAAAUAAGCCUGUAUUUAUUUGUUGUAAAUAUUUGUUGUCAAUAAAUGAUCUUCAUGUACUUAUGAAUUACAAGUUAUUUCCUUUUUUCUCGUAAGAACAUGCGAACAUCUGUACACACAUUUAUUCUACAAAUAUAUAAAAUCGCUUAGUUAUUUAACCUAAACUCUAAACUUU